GUUUAUAUUUUCACCGGCGCUACAUUCACAUUUUAAAGCAGGGUUCAAAAUGAGACAAUUAUUUCUGUAUUCUGACGGACUUUCCGACGUUGGAUUAGCCUUGCUUUAAAUCGGCGACGUCAAAAAUGGGAUUUUCUGAAGAUGAAUUUAUCAAGACAAUGAAGGAGUUAGAAAACCCGGAAUUUAGUGAUUACGAGUUUUUUGUAGAAAGUCAUGGCGUGAAAGUUUACAGGAAAUACUCGGAGGAAUCUGGUUUAUACCAAUAUAAAGUGAUUGGUGAGAUAAAUGUUGAUCCACAAAUAUGUGCAGAUGUUUACAUGGAUUUGAAAUACAGGAAAGUGUGGGACAGUUAUGCUGCUGAUCUCAGGUAUAUGUGUGAGGAAGAACCACAAAUUGUGUAUUGGCAAGUUGCUUACCCAUGGCCAAUGUCACACCGUGAUUAUCUCUAUGUGAGGCAAAAGAAGGUUUUAACGAAUGCCAAAGGCAACACUGUUUACGUAGUAUUAGGACAAUCAGCUAAGAAAGAAGAUCUUACAGAUUCAUCGAAUGUUAAAGAAAAAAGUGGUGUUAUAAGAGUUGAUGAUUUUGUUCAAGGAAUUUCUAUAACCAACAGUGAUAAUGGUGGAACAAGAGCUUUUAUGCACUACUAUGAUAAUCCAAAAGGAAGCAUUCCAACUUGGCUCAUAAACUGGGCAGCAAAGAGUGGUGUUCCAGAUUUUUUAAGCACAAUGGAAACUGCCUGCAAUGGGUAUAAAACUUAUUUAAAUGGAUUGUGAAUUUUUCCAUACAAUUUCAUGACUCUACUGAUGAUAUUGUGUAAAAAGAAUUAUCAUUCACACCUCUUAGUUGAAUCUUAUAAUCAAUGAAUUCUUGAGUACUUUUGUUGAAUUAUUUAUGGAGUACUAAAUUUCAUUAUAUUUUAUUAGUUACUGUUUCCUCUAUAUUUCAAUUUUGCUUUUCUGUUUUUAUAUAUUUGUCGUCUGUACAAAAUCUUUCCAAGUUUGAAACUAUGGGACAGUGGUUUCAAUCGGGGUUUCGCCAAUACAGUCCGGAAGUUUUACGAGCUUUCAUUCAAGUCCGAAAGUAUCAGUGAUUCUCACUCGCCUUUUUACCCUGAGAUUUGUUGAUGUUGUUAUUUUAAAAUACAUACAUGAGUUUUUUUUGCUAUUUUAUUUUGUGUUGAUUUUUAGGCGGCUCCUUACAACUUUGAGGUUUGAAAUUUGGCUAUGACACUAAAAAAGGUUGAGAACCACUGAUCUAUAUUAACAUAUGUAUCUUGUUAUAACCGAAUAAUAAUAAGACAGCUCAACUAUUUGGGGGUUCCUGAUCCUGUGAAAUGUCUCAUUGGGGUUCCGCUCCACCUAAAACAUUGGAAAACCGCUGCUCAAGGUAAUGUUAAUGUAUGAAAUAAAAAUAUACUUGCUCAGUGAUUAUCUUGUAGCAGACUUUUAGAUUGACUUUUUGCACUGUGUGUACCAGGUUAGGGCUAGGCCAUCAUUUUAUUCAGAUUUUCUUUAUUUUAGUCCUAUUACCAGUUCGGGGACUGUCUGGCUUGUUCUGAAUUUACUUUUAUUCCUGUUAUUACCUCCCAACUAUUGCUGUGUAAUUUUAUAUCUGAAUGAUCAAAUAUUCUAGAAAUAUAUAUGUUAGUUCAUCUAUUUUGUAAAAGAAUUCUUGCGUAUAUUCAUCACCUUACUAUUCACCAACUUGACGAUCUCCUUCAUUUGAUAAUUUUAUUGCUUCAAUAUUAAGUUUUUAUAACUUGCUUUUAAAAUUGAGUAUUUGAAUAAUGUACCAAGCGCGCUCAUAUUGCAAUGCUAAUUCAUUUUGCUAGAUUACCCUUACCUUUCAUGCACAAAACUUAAUAACACAUAAAAGAAAACUAAGCAGGUACAUUUGUAUAACACGAGUGAACUGUUAAUUUCAUUCCAAAUGAUUGUGGCGUGUCCAAAAUGCCAAAAAUUAUAUAGUAAAUUAGGGCAUCUUUUUCGUGGGUUACCGCUGCAAAACUUUUCCCAGGAGAGGUGUAGUAAUUUUAUUGAUGAGCAUUGUGUACUCGCAGUUUUCACUAUGCUAUGUACAUAAUUAACGUAUUGUUUCUCUGGGACCUCCUGAAGUAUGCGCACCAAGGUGGCACAUAACCUGAACUCUGAUUGUGUACCAGGUUAGGGUUCAAGUUAUGGGACAUCUCGGUGCGCAUACUUCAGGAGCACCUUUCUCUGUACUAUGCACUGUGCUUUCGUCUACAAGAUAAAGAUAGUCA